CAUUCGGGCACACCUUAAUAUUGAAACGUGAGCAUGCGCAGUUUGCUCAUCGAGAACUUUGCUUCAUCGAAUUCCAUCAACGUGGCUGAAAUGACCAAAUAAACAAUUUUUAGACGAUUACCAGCAAUACCGUAGUAUAAUUUUGAGCUGAACACGGUUGCUGGAAAAGGGAAGAAAAUGGCUUCUGAUUUUGGCAAUCCUCUGAGGAAAUUUAAACUUGUUUUCCUGGGCGAACAGAGCGGUAAGACUUGGCUUCAAUUUAUAUGUCAGACACCAGUUCGAUCUAUUAUCAAAUUCAGACUUCGUCACUUUGACAAAAGUCAAAGAGCCCAAAUUAUGCGGGGAUUUUUGAAUCCAUAUUUUUGUGUUGUAGUUGGGAAGACAUCGCUGAUUACCAGGUUUAUGUACGACAGUUUUGAUAAUACAUAUCAGGUGAGUGCGGAAAUAUUAUGUUCAUGAUAUUCUCGAGGAUAUUCUCUCGUGACAAAAUUAGUUUCUUUCAUGAUUAAUACGUUUAUAAUGAAACAUGUUUAGUUUAUUGUUUAUAGCUAUGUCAUUCUAUGUACUCCGGAAGCUUAAUAUAGUGUUCUGAUAGAUUUAAAAUGUGAAAUGUUUUAGUUAAAAUACGCUUAUUGAUAUUUUAUAGGAAAGCUACACCAUUUGUAUUUUUCAAUCAGACAUUAUUGGUUUUUUACAAUUUCUGAGUGGAUAUCUCGGCAACAUUGUGAUAAAAACUCAUUAAUGUUUUUGCCUGACAACCCUGAUAACAGACUUCAAUCCUGUAUAAUAUUGUAAUUAAUUUUAUGUUUUCAAAACUACAUGUAAUUGUUAAUACUAACCCAUUGAGCCUGCACUCUCCCCUAGAUGAGUAAAAUUGUCUGGCAUUGGCAUUUGUUGACCUUUGAACUCGGCCGGUCAGUAGGCUGGGGCGGCUUUUCAGCAUACCGGAAAAUUCUGGGGUUUUUUUCCGGUUUUGCCAAAGUCCAAACACCGAAAAACCGAAAAAAACAAACUUGUAAAUACGUUCUUUUAACAUUGUCUUCUUGCUUGUAUUUUUAUACCUCUGUAAGCUUCUGAUAUUAAGCACCUAAAACUAAAAUUUUUCACAUAAUAAAAACACACACUACACGGUUUUAUGUCUGUGUGUUAUUUAUAGAUUAAAAACUGUUUUUUUUCCUUUCGGUUUUGGUUUUUUUCAAGAACCGCCCCAGCCUACCAAUAAGAAUCUAUUGAAUUUAACUACAGUAUGACCAAUCAGAAUCAACUACCCAGAGGACAGAUCUUGGGAGCAUAGCUGUGGAUCAACAAGCAAGGCCUGUUAAUUCUUAGGGUCUGUUUAUAUGCAACCUUGUUCCCAGGCUCUUUCCUCUAGACCGACUGAUUGAGUGAACAAUAUGGUUGUGACUGUUGUCAGUGUUGAAGUGUAUCCUGUCCGAGACGUAAACCCAACGGAUUUACCUUAUGUAGAGAUGUGGAAUUCCUGUAGUCUGGCUAUAAAAUAAUGAGAUCCUGUGAUCCCGCCAACUGUGUGUAAAUUCUAAACAUGCUCUCCCGACUGUUAAAGCUAGUUAAAGACUGUGAUAUACUUGGUGUACCGUUUUGGCAUCGCUGAUACUCUAUGAUCAAGAAUUAUGUUGAGGUAUAGCUCCUCCAUUGCGUGCGGGACAACUGGAAUAAUUAAAUUGUACACAAGACUAUUGUGUUGACUGUAUACAAAUAUGCAUAUAUGCAAUUAUUUCAUAUUUAUUACAAUAAUAUAUACCAGGCACAUAAUUAUUAUAAAGAACUUUCAUUACCAUUAGCUUUGUAGCUUGAUCUAUCCUAAAUUUUAAUUUGUGAAAUAGCAUGAGAUCCAGCUUGUCUGUUGUGAGACAUCAAUAUAUUAUCAGUAUAUCACUCACUAAUAACUAUUGACUUUUUAGAAUUAAAUAUACAUUUUUAAUAGCAUCCAACUAUGCUGCAGUAGAGACAAACAGCUUAUCAAUAUAUCAAGAGAAAUUUAAAAUGCUUAUAAAAUCUCAUAAAGUAAUGCUGUUUGUGCAAGAGUUUGGGCAUAUAGAGUUUAUGAAUUAUGUAUAUAUACCUGACUUUAUACCAUAUAUAAUAGAAAAAUACUGGGGCAAGGUAUUUAUUAUAAAAGGCAUUGUAAGUGGCUAUACAGGGUGUAUAAAAAAAAACUGAACAGAUAUGAAUUUGCCCUCAAUUUCGUAAAACAGCUAUUAGUAUCCAGUUUUUUAUGUAUAUAGCUUCUUUGGGUACUUAUAAUGUAGCAUAAUGAUAAAAAUUUCUCGAACUAAAAUUUUGUGAACCUGGGGUGUGUGUCUUUUCCAACAAACUGAAAAUGCUUGCGCAUGAAAUUUAAAAGCUUUAAUUAUAUUUUCAGUUAAUAGAUGGAAAAUUUGUUGGGUUUUCAAUUACUGUACAAAACAUUAGACAAUUUGCUUUAGUUUAAGCCCCUUUAGCUAUUCAUUUUUUUCCUAAAAAAUCCGCCUUUCGCAUGCUUAAUUAAUUAAUGCCUUUACCUUAUUUGCAUAUUGCUGACAUAUGCAAAUUAGGCAAAGGCAUUAAUUAAGCAUGCAAAUAGCUGAUUUUUAGGAAAAAAUGUAAGUUUGUGUGAAUAGUUAAAGGGCUUAAACAGGGUUCGUAGCAGUCUUUGAAAUCCUUGAAAGUCUUUAAAUUGGAAUGCAGGUCUUUGAGGUCUUUGAAAAGUCUUUACAUUGUGUGAAAAAUCGAGGAAAGUCUUUAAAAGUCUUUAAAUUCUUCAGUGAGGAAUUGAUUAUACGAUUUCCUAGCUAAUAAAAGAGAUUGAUUGAAUCAAGAUUUUCGUAAAUAUCGACGAAAAUGCGCAUUUUAGGAUGUGAUUUGACGGGACUAAUUACUGGGUAAAAAUGGUGCUUACACUUGCAAUUCUAAAUAUGUGAACCAUAGGCAAAGCAGAAACAUGUGAAAAUCUGCCUUUAAGUGCGCCCAAGCCCUGAGAGAACAUAAGAACAAUUUCAAAGCAUAUGAUUUUAUGUUUUUAUUGCUUGAUUUCCUGACUUGUUGCUAAAAAAUAUUUUUAUAAUUUAGAAGACUCUAUGAUCAAGAAUUCUUACUAUAUAUAUGAGAAUAUAUACGAUUCUCCAAGUUGAUUGUACCAAACACUCAUUCCUUGCGAUCAAGGUGUAAAGUGCGGAAGUGGAAGCAUGUAAUAUGAGGACUUUUCCCUCACCCCCUUAGGCAAUCAAUUUUUUGUGGGCCAUGUGACCAGCUCUUACCUGGGUCUUUCCUUCCCAGAGGAAAGAGCCUUGGAACAAGGUUGGUUUAUAUGAGCCUCCUUACCAAUAUAUUCCACCUGCCUAUGAUCGUGCCCGCAUGCAGGCUGUCCCAUGGCAACUUUGUGUAUUUGAUCAUUUCUGGUCAUUUUCUGUCUCAUUAUUGGUUAAUUGCACCAAAACCAACUUAGGUGACUGGUACAUGAUUCAAGUACUGGUUCAAGUAACUCAGCAAAUGAAUUGGCUCUUGUGAGCAAAUGAAUUGGUAGAAUUUUUUUUCUGUGUUGGUGUAGUGUACUCAGGUGAAUAUGAGUCUGUGUUGGUGUAGUGUACUCAGGUUCGAAUCCCACCGUGGCCGGGCAAAUUUUUCAAGCUCGCCCGGUGUGGAUAUACACUCAGAGUAACACCACAAAUGUCGAAUUGGUAGAAUGUUUUAGGAAAUCCUAGGAAAUGACCUGAUCAACAUUUUUUGUGCCACGUCUAGGAGCAUGAUCACUGUAAAAAUAAUUUAUGAUAAUUAUUGCAUCUCUUGCAUUACUGCCAGGUUUUGUAUAUGAUUGUAUAAAAUAAAUAACAACCAAGUGUCAUUUUAUUUUUGCAGGCAACCAUUGGAAUUGAUUUUCUUUCAAAGACAAUGUAUCUAGAAGACAGAACAGUGAGUAUAUACAGGGAUGGAUCCAUCAUGAUCUGAGGAGGUGGGGGUGCUCUGCCAGCUCUAGUGCCGAGUUGUGUCUGUCAUGUGUGCCGCCCGCCCAUCAACUUGCUUCACUACUGCAAAGUCUUGCUUGACUACUCUAUUUGAAUUGUAGUUGUUGUUCAAAGUGUGAGACUGCAUAUUGCAAAUGCAUAGUUACACCAAGUACUCUCUAGGUCUGAGCCCGCGGUAGAGUGUACGGAGUUGGCGGGAAGGAACGUUGGCGUUUCGUUUUGUGAGAAACAAUCAGUUUUGUAUAAGCGAUUUUAUAUUAAAUAUAUGUUCAUAUUCAGUUUAACAAUUGUAGCAGAGGAGUAAGUGAUUCACAAUGGCAAGUAAAUUUACACCACCGCCGGUUUUUGAUGAAAAAAAGAGUUGGAUUGACUACAAAAAGGAGAUUAAAAUAUGGCAAGCGUUGACAGAUUUACCGGCGAAGAAGCAAGGUCCUAGUUUGUAUUUAUCUUUGAGCGGAAAAGCGAGGGAGGCAGCGUUAGAGAUUGACAUAGAAGAGCUUAAGAAAGUUACUGGCGUACAAACCAUUUUAGAGCGAUUGGAUAAAUUGUAUUUACAAGAUACUAACCAAAGUGCAUACAUAGCGUAUCAAAAUUUUGAGAGUUUUAAGCGACCAGAGAGCAUGCCAAUAAAAGAGUACUUGAUUCGGUUUGAACAAUUGUAUACGAAGAUAAAAGAUCACAACAUGACCCUACCUGAUGGCGUAUUGGCAUACCGAGUGUUAAAUUCUGCAAAUUUAAACCAGGAAGAAAUAAAAUUAUGCCGAGCAACAAUCACUGAUUUGAAAUAUGAUGCAAUGGUGAGUCAACUGGUUAGAAUUUAUGGUGAUUCAGCAUCACCAAGCUUUAUUAAAUCUGAGGACAGGGUGAAAGAGGAAAGAGUAUUUUAUGGUGGUGUUUCCGGACAGGUGCGAGAGGAAAAUGGCAGGUCAUCGCGAGACAGGCCUUACCAGAGAAGGGGAUAUAAUCCAAGGGGAAGAUUACCAUACAGAGCAUCAAGAGGAAAUCGGGAUGACAAUGGUAUACAACGCAAAGAUUGCGGCGAACCUUCAAGCAGGCAAAGAAAACUAAACCCUGUUGAUCAUUAUGGAAAUAUUUCGAGAUGCAACAUUUGUGAAAGCAAAUUCCACUGGGCACGGAAUUGCCCUGAUGCGUAUGAAAAUCAAGGUUUAGAUCCUGACAAGAAAACUGAAACUCUAAACUUAUUUCGAUCGCCUAAUCAUGAUGUACAUGAGAUGAAGGUAUUUGUAGGAGACACGCUUAGUUGUGCAGUUCUUGAUUCUGGGUGCACACAAACAGUGUGUGGUAGAAAGUGGCUGGAUUGUUACACGGACAGUCUGAUUGAUGAAGAUAUUAUCAAGGAAAAACCAUCCACAGCUGCAUUUAAGUUUGGAAAUGGAGAGCCAGUUAUGUCUGAAAAGAAAGUAAUAAUACCAGCAGUCAUUGGAUCUAAGAAAGUUAAUUUAGAAACUGAUGUGAUUGAUGCAGAUAUACCCCUGUUAAUGUCUAAGGCAGCUAUGAAAAAGGCUGAAACAGUGCUUAAUUUUAAUGAAGAUAGUGUGACAAUGUUUGGGGAACAACAGCAACUACUGAAAACAUCAUCCGGACAUUAUGCUAUUCCAUUAACAAAAUCAAGAAAAGUUGUUGAUUCUGAAAAUCAUUCCAAUGCUAACAAAGAAUGUUGCUUUGUAGCUAUAAAUCCAACGACCGGAAAGGAAAAAGAAAGCAUGGUGGCAAAUUGCACAGACAAUUUUGUCAUUGUAGUUCAAGCAAGCUUAAACAGCUAAUAAAAUCAUCCCAAUUAUGGAAAGAUGAUCCAGAAGUUCUAAAUAUAGUGGAUGAAAUUUCAAGUAAAUGUGAUGUUUGCAAGCUGUACAAGAAAACUCCACUCAGACCAGUUGUGGGAUUGCCUCUCGCUUCAGAGUUUAACCAUACAGUCGCUAUGGAUUUAAUCACAAUUCAACAAGGAGUGUGGAUUCUUCAUUUAGUAGAUGUAUUCUCGAGAUAUUCGGUCGCAUGUGUUAGAAGGUCGAAGAAGCCAUCAACCAUUAUUGAGGCAAUCUUGAAAACCUGGAUUAGCUAUUUUGGUCGACCACAGAGAUUCCUAGCUGACAACGGAGGAGAGUUUGCCAAUGAAGAAUACAGAGAGAUGUGUGAAUCGUUUAACAUUGAUGUAGCCAAAACAGCUGCAGAAAGCCCAUGGUCAAAUGGACUAUGUGAACGACAUAAUGGUGUUCUUAAGCAGUCAGUCAAGAAGGUCAUUGAAGACACAAACUGUUCACUGGAAACAGCAGUAUCGUGGGCAGUUAGUGCAAAGAAUACUCUCCAUGGUCAUAAUGGUUAUAGUCCAAAUAUGAUUGUCUUUGGUAGAAAUCCAAACAUGCCAGGUGUGCUGGAUGACAAAUUACCAGCAUUAGAAGAAGUAUCUAGCAUCACGGUCGAGCGUAACUUAGCUGCAAUGAGAUCUGCCAGAGAAGCGUUUAUUCAAAGUGAAUCGUCCGAGAAGAUCAAGAGAGCGUUAAAAAGUAAAGUUCGAAGCUUUAAUGAUGCAAGGUUUCAGAAUGGUGAUAGAGUAUAUUACAAACGUAAUGACAGUGAUAAAUGGAAAGGUCCAGGGUCUGUGAUUGGACAAGAGAAUAAACAAGUUCUAGUAAAACAUGGAAGUGAAUAUGUCCGAGUGCAUAUUAGUCGUUUGAUUCACAUUGACAAUGUGGACUUUAACCCUGUGAUGGGCAGUGAAGAUAAGGAGGAUAGUACACAAGUUCUUACUGAGGAUACAGACUGUCCGAGUGAAGAAUGUCUGCCCGGUACAGAUAACGUUUCAGACAAGGAUCAUACAGAUACUACAGUUUGUAGAGAAGAUGUUUUAGAAGCAGAGAAUGUCACCAAUGCAACCCGUUCUAACAAUGUCGAGUCUCAAGGUGACAUAGAGACGGCUGAAAAACAAUCUUUACCAAAGCUUAAAUCAACAAUUUUGUAUAAAUUGAAAGGUGAGGAUCAGUGGCGAGAAGGAACAGUACACAGUCAUGCUGGAAAAGCUAAAGGCAAGUACCAGAACUGUCUUAAUAUGAAAAAUAAAGAGGGAGAGGUUCAAUGGUUUGAUUUCUCCACAGAUAUUGAAGAAUGGGAACCAGUUUGUGAGGAAGUUCUGUUAACUAAUAAUUUGGAAAAGGAUUCCGUGCAAGUUGCUAAACAAAAGGAACUGGAGAACUGGAAAGCAAACAAUGUUUAUGAAGAAGCUGCAACAGAGUAUUUCAUGCAGAUGGGUGAUAACCUCAAAAAUUGUCAAAGGAACAGCUGUAACUAAAGCACGUCUAGUUGCAAGAGGAUUUGAAGAUGCCGAGAUUGGGGACAGACAAACAGAUUCGCCUACUUGUUCCAAAGAGUCUAUUCGGUUAGUUUUAUCGAUGAUCGCUUCAAAGAAAUGGAAAUGUAACAUGAUGGAUGUAAAAACUGCCUUUCUGCAGGGGAAACCACUUGAAAGAGAUGUUUACAUCAAGCCUCCAAAAGAAGCUAAAACAAGUGGUCUCUGGAAAUUAAAGAAGUGUGUUAAACGAAGCUUCACGAUAUUGGUACAACCGUGUAACAGAUGAACUUGCCAAGCUUGGAUUGGUAAAGUCAAAGUAUGACAAAGCAUUGUUUUAUUGGAGGCACGAAGGGAGAUGUGAGGGAGUUCUGGCAAUUCAUGUUGAUGAUUUUCUAUAUGGUGGUUCCACUCAGUUUGAGCAUCUGAUACAGAAUAUUAAAACAAUUUUUACUGUGGGUUCUGAAGAAACAGUGCCUAUGAAGUACCUAGGGAUGAACAUUGACGAAUCAGAUGGUGACAUUUAUUUCAAUCAAGACUCGUACAUUGACAGUAUGGAAGAAGUUGAAAUUCAGAAAAAGACUGACAAGUCCCGAGUUUUAAAUGAAGACGAACAGGCAUUAUUCCGGAAAAUUUGUGGACAAUUGAACUGGAUUUCUACACAGUCUAGGCCUGACAUUGCAUUUGAUGUUUGCCAGUUGAGCACAAGAUUGAACACAGCAACAGUCCAGGAUAUUUUACAAGCCAACAAAGUUUUACGAAAGGUGAAACAAAAUAGAUUUUCACUAAAGUAUGUGGCAUUAAAACAGCCAUGGAAGUUGGUAGUGUAUUGUGAUGCAUCAUAUGCUAAUCUCAAAGAUGGAUCCUCUCAAGGAGGUAUGAUCAUAUUUCUUGUGGACGGGGAAGGAAGAGCUUCACCAAUCACUUGGAUAUCCAAAAAGUUGAGGAGAGUUUGCAGAAGCACAAUUGCUGCAGAAACGAUGCCACUGUUGGAUGCAGUGGACACCUCAUAAGCAGUUGCAUACAACCGAGAUAUACACUGACAAUAUGUCACUUACCGAAGCAGUGCAUUCAACGAAAGCUAUGGAAGAGAAGAGGUUGCGAGUAGACAUUGCUGCUCUGAGAGAAAGUGUUAAACGCAAGGAGAUAACAGUCAAUUGGGUUGAUACAAAGAGUCAACUUGCUGAUGUUUUUACCAAACAGGGCGUGAACACCCAAACAUUAAUCGACACACUAAAAUGUGGACAAAUUUAAAUUUUGCAUGAUUAUCUAACAUUAAGUUUAGUUUUGUUAUAAAGAAAGAGACAGGAGAUUGUGAGACUGCAUAUUGCAAAUGCAUAGUUACACCAAGUACUCUCUAGGUCUGAGCCCGCGGUAGAGUGUACGGAGUUGGCGGGAAGGAACGUUGGCGUUUCGUUUUGUGAGAAACAAUCAGUUUUGUAUAAGCGAUUUUAUAUUAAAUAUAUGUUCAUAUUCAGUUUAACACAAAGUUCGCUUAUGAUCAUGUUAUUACUCAAAUUACUGUAUCUCAUUUUGUCUCUAAUAAUUUUUUUGCUUUAUCAUGAAAAAUAGCACCCACCCCCCCCUGCACCCCCUCUGGCCAGGGCUAGUGCACACACCCCACUCUAUAUAUAUAUAUAUAUAUAUAUAUAUAUAUAUAUAUAUAUAUAUAUAUAUAUAUAUAUAUAUAUAUAUAUAUAUAUAUAUAUAUAUAUAUAUAUAUAUAUAUAUAUGUUCUAUAUUUAUAUAUAUAUAUAUAGAACAGUACAGUACAGUACAGUAUAACUAGAAAUUAUAUAAUAGAUAAUAGAAAGUGAAGUGCACAGCAUCCUGGGAAUGGUGUGCGAUCGAUCACAUCCACAAGCCUAACUGUAGAAAAUAUUCUAUAUUCUUGGCACAAUAACAUGCAUUGCCAUGUGUUACUCUAAGAACACACAUUCCGUCUCUCCAGUUGGCAUUGUCAGUUGUUGUUGUAAUAUGUUACAUUCUAGCUCAACAAAUCAUUUCAAAACUUAAAAGAUUAUGGAAUCAGAAUUCCAAUUUCCAAUGCUUUCUGAAUCCACACACGCCUAACAAUCCCAAGGAGUGCAAUUCAUUGGUACUUUGGUGAUAUAUGUGCAUUUACCUUGCUUUCCACAAAUGAAAGAUAUUGCAGUUUGAAUUUAAGCCCUGUUUACACUACGCCCAAUUUUUGGUACGGCACGGAUAAAAUUGGUACCCGUACCAUUUUUUUGGUUCUUGGACUACCUAUUUAGCUAAGCCCCCGUUUACACCACGCUCAAUUUUUGGUACCGUAAAAAAAGUGGUACGGGUACCAAUUUUAUCCGUGCCGUACCAAAAAUUGAGCAUAGUGUAAACUGGGCUUUAGUAUCCAAUCAUCUCUGAAGACUUUUGGACUGAUGAAUUAAAUUGGGUUUUUCCAAGAAAAAGUGUCCACUCUUCCUCACUACAGAGGGAGGAAAAUCUACAGUACUGUACUUCAGAUAAUAGUAAAAUGUACUACUUAGGCAGUUGCAAUAUUGAAAAAAAUCGAUAUAUCGAUAUCAAAAAAAAAUAUCGACUAUAUCGAAUUAUGCAAAUGAGAAAACGUAAUUUAGUCAACUUGCAUGCAUGUAUACGCAUCACAAACAGUUAAAAAGAAGUGCAUGAAACCAGUCAUGAUACGUCUCAAAGAUUUAUUAAACAACAGUUUAUCCGUCAUCUCCACGCACUUGUAUCAUAAAUCCGCCAUUGCCGCCAUACACACGUUGUCUAAACUUCACCGAUGGCGAUGAAAACAACAAUUGCAGAAUAAUUGGAGAUUAAUUUGUUUAGUUACAACUUUCGAUAUUUUUGAUAUUCGAAAAAUCGAAUAUCGAUAUUUUUUAAAUAUUGAUAUUUAUCGAAAAUAUUGAUAUAUCGCAACUGCCUAGUACUACUGUAUGAUGUCUGAAGGGGGUUAUUUUCUCAUUUUCUGCAUGAAUGAGCUAAUGUAUUACGGCAUUACAGCACUGCACACCAGACAAUAUAAACAGCAAAACGUAAAAUAUGUUGAAUGUCAGUGUCUGACAUACACAGCAUUUAUCAUUAUUCACAGUGUUUGUUGAAGGAUCUAAUUACCUUGAAAUAUCAAGUUCAAUGAUUUAUAAUUUUUUCAGAUAAUUAGAUCCUGCAAGCAACAUCAUAAAUAAGAGUGAAAUUACUUGCAUUUCAUAGGUUCGAUUACAACUAUGGGACACUGCUGGACAGGAGCGUUUCAGAAGUUUAAUACCAAGUUACAUCAGAGAUUCCACUGUGGCGGUUGUUGUCUAUGAUAUAACAAGUAUGUCAAAGUGAAAAAAUCUGUACAGUACAUAGCAAUACAAUACUUGUAAUUCAGUCUUACAAGUUACCCAGGGAAUAACCCAGUCUUAGGCUAUGUUUACACUGUACCAGAUAACUUUCCCUAGUGACGUGAAAAAACACCUACUAAACAUAGCCAUAUUUUUUGUGUUGUUCUGAUCGUUUCACGAUAAUAGUACACUUACAAAGUUUUUAGUGCAAAGUUGCUUGUUAUGAAGUGCAAGUCUCAUUGGUGACUCAACAAUAGAUGCAUAGAUGGAUAGAGUGAACAAUCCGGGGGAGGUGCACUUGCAAUUAUCUUCUGUAUCACGUUGCUUUGUAACGUGAAUUUUAUAUCUAGGACUAGAUAUACUCUGUAAAUAUAAAUUAUAAUGCACAUACUGUUCUCAUCAUAGGUUCAUUGCGACAUAAUAUAAACGCAGGCAUAUAAAUGCAUGAAAGCGUUCUGAUAAUGGAAGAGUGCAAUAUGAAUAUGCACAAUUACAUUACACUCCUUAUGCUUGCGCUUUACGUUUUAAAUGCCUAUACACUCUACUUCUAUGUAAUAUUUUGAUUAUUUUCUAGUACGUAAUAUUUUCGAAAAAGAAUACACAAUUGCGAAAUAUUGUAAAUUUUUGAAAGGCUGAAGAAUGGUAUAUUUACUUUAACUAAACAUGAAACAUGAUAAAUUUUACAGAAACGAAACAUGAAAGUACAUGUCUGCGUUUAGUACUGUAAAUGUUCGAGAUCUUUGUGUGUGUUUUUCCUUGCGACAUACCGCACGUGCAAAACACACAUCUGGCUAUCACGCAGUCAACAUGAACCCGUCCUGUGUUCUGAUCGGAUCUAUGUUCUGAUCCCAACCAUAAACUACAUUAUCUUGUGUCGAAACUAAACGAAACAUGUAUACGAUAUUAAACCGAUAUUAAAUUGGACUAAAGAAUAGACGCAUGUUUAAUUUUCCUGUGUUAGUCCUCCAGACUAAAAAAUAGUUUUAUAUUAUUAUUAUCAUUAUUAUUAUUAUUGGAUAUUGCACGCAUGUAAAAUUAGUUUAUCACUAUUUUAAUCACUUUUAACUUUUAUGUCAUGUAAAUUUAAAGGCACAGUUCAGCCUUUUGAACGAUGGUUUUUAAGGCGCAUUUGAGCCCUUUUAAUUGAAAAAACUAACUAGAAAAAUCAAUUAAGCAUAAUUCAAAAUCAGUAAACUCGAUGUUUUUAACAAUAUAAAUGUUUUAAAAUGUUAAAAACAUUAAGUUUGGUGAUCUUGAAUUAUGCUUAAUUGAUUUUCCUAGUUAGUUUUUUCAAUUAAAAGGGCUGAAAUGCGCCUUAAAAACCAUCGUUCAACAGGCUGAACUGUGCCUUUAAUAUAUACAAUUCAGCCAUUUUGGCUGCAAUGAUAUCUCUAAUUAGUAUUUUUGCACAACUGAACAUAACAAAUCCUAUACAAGUUGAUUGGUCAAAUUUGACGUGUUAAGCUGUUAUAUUCACUUACAGGUGAAUAUAACAAAACCGAAAUUUACAAAAUGGCGGCUAGCCGUUUUGUGGAAGUUACUGAUAAAGAAAUAAGCGAAAUUAAAAUAAUUUCAGUCCCAAAAAACACAAAAGACUUGUGUAAAAAUACUGAAACAAUUAUUCGCCUCAGGCUCGGUGAUUAUCGCCUCAGGCUCGGUGAUUACCUCGACUUCGUCUCGGCGAAUAUUCCCCGAUAUAAUCACCUCGCCUUCGGCGAAUAAUUGUUAAAUAAACUAUCUAUCUGGAUUUAAAGAAUAAUACUUGUACUGCAUGUAACUGAUAACUACUUACUUAAUUCUGAUAACUUGUUUAACUGGGGGAAAUGGUGUGAGAACUGUUUACCACCGUACUUUCAGGCUUCGUAGUUUUCAUUUUUCUUCACAAGCUGAAUAACUUAAAGAUCUUGGCCUCUUGCUCCAUGCAUGUAUAGAGCCCACUAAAUCGUUGUAUUUGAAAUUUUCCCAUUAACCAAACGAAGAGUAAUUGUGGAGUCAGCUAUAAUUUUCAUACGUCGACUUGACAAUCGUAUACGAUAAAUUUUCAGAUGUUGACGCAGUUAAAUUUCUAAUUCUAACCAUCGUUAGGCUAAAUUUUUUAACCCAUUGAGUGGCAGCACUCUCCCCUUGACGAGUAAAACAGACAGAGUAGAAUAAUAAAGUAGGCCGUAUGCAGAGUAAAAUAAUUAAGUAGGGCACAGAAAAAAAAUCUGACCGCUCACCAGCCAAUCAGAUUGCUUUAUUUUCAUGGAUACCGGACCGCUAAAACAGAAGACUUUGACAUAUAUAAAUUGCAGCCAGAGGCUACUUUACAAGUGUCAAUGUUACCAUGCUAAUUUUUGUUUUAGAUUAUAAUUCAUUUCAACAAACAAAUAAAUGGAUUGAUGAUGUCAGAACAGAGAGGGGCAAUGAUGUAAUUAUUAUGCUUGUUGGAAACAAAACAGAUCUUUCGGAUAAAAGGUAUACAUUAUUAUGGCAUUGCAUGAAAACUUCAUUAACGCUUUCUUUAACGCAAGAUCUCGGCAUUGUUCUUAUUUUUAUUUAUACUUUAAUUCAUUAUAAAAUUAUUGUUAGCUAUAAUUAAUUCAUUAGUUCGUAGUUAGUACAUGAUUGCUGUAAUUUUUAACUGUAUUACUGUAAUAUUGUAAAGACACACGUAUGUUGUGAUUCUAAUAAAGACUAAGACUUAUAUAGUAAUAAUAAUAAUAAUAAUAUCGCGAUAUCCCGACUUUGAUAAAUUGUAUUUUGAAAAUGUAGGCAAGUAACUAGUGAAGAAGGCGAGAGAAAGUCUAAAGAACUGAACGUGAUGUUUAUUGAGACGAGUGCCAAGGCAGGAUAUAAUGUAAAACAGGUACGUACUGUACGGUUACGUAGCACACGAUGACGUCCAGAAUGGUUUUAUUCAUUGCUUUUAUUGGUUGCAAAAGUAAACUAGCAACUAUAUUUAUCACCCAUAUUCCUAGUGUUUACAGAACUAUUACCACACCUAUAAACGUAAACGCAGAAACAAAAUGUUACAUGACUUACAUGUGAAGUACAUGUACAUCAAAACGAUUUGGACGAUUUUUACGUGCACCCGAGUUUUUCAAAGACCAGACAUUGCACUCGUCCUGUUAAAAGUAAUUUUGUAGCCUCCUAUUGUAGGUCGAUCGGUCCGUAGCUGUAUAUCGAUCCGCGAGAUCCCUCCAUUAUAAUAUAAUAGUAAUAGUAAUAAUAAAAUAGUAAUAGUAUCUUGAAAAAAAUGUAAUACUGUACUGCGUGUACUGAAUCAUUCUGUAUCAUGUUGUCUUGUUCCUUUAUUCAAAUCAUGAGUGCGCAUGCAAGGUGCUCCAAUGUGGAAUACGUUAAUCCGUUUUGUACAAAAUUGCAGCUUUUCCGAAGAGUUGCCGCGGCAUUACCAGGAAUGGAAAAUACAGCAGAGAAACCUAACAAAGAUAUGGUCGAAGUGAAACUAAAAGACACACCACAAGAGAACGCGCAACAAGAGGGAGGUUGUUGGUGCUAGCUGCGUGUGUUGUGUGUUUUAAUCUUGAUUCUGGAAAUCUGGAAUAUCGGACAAUCACAUGUUCAUAAAGACGAAUAUUAAUAACAGUAUUAUAUAAAGAAAACUGGAGCCAGUUGUUUGAAAGCCGUUUAGCUUACCAUGCACGUUAGGUUUUGUUUAAUCCUAAACUAACUCUAGAACUAACCUACCAGCACCUUGUUUAUAAAUCUAGAAAUCUUUUUCCAUAAAUCUAGUCUGGAUCAAUAGAAUUUUUAUUUUCUGAAGGUUUUAAAUCAGUAGGCGCUCAGAAUUACACAAAUCAAAAGAGCGCGGGUUAAAUUUAACCGAAGGGUUAGGUCUAAUCGAGUUUUGAACAACCGGCACCAGUUUCACAAAUAUCUGGAAAUCUUCCAAAGCUGCUAUUCCCAUGUGCGUGGUUUUCUAAAUGCCAUAACUUACAACAACAACAAUAUUAAUAAUAAGAUAUUAUAUUAUAUGUAUGUCUCAGAGAGUUAAAUUAUCGUUUACAACAGGUGGUUUCGAUAUUUCCACCACAGUUGACUUUCUUGGUUCCUUCAAAUUUCUUAAAAAAAGAGUGAGGAAAGGGGCUAUGUGACAUAGCGUUAUAUUCCGCGCCAUUGCGGCCUUACUGUAUCUUAUCCUAAGUUUAUGAUCGUAUCCUUCGCGGGCUUCACAACUUCGUGGUGUAUUUUCCUUGAUGAAAUGAACAAUUCUGAUUUUUGUCUCAGGAUGAUUCCUGCUAAAUAUUUGAAUAAAAAAGAUUUCGAAAGCCAUGUUUUUGACGAAUAGCGCGUGUUUUUGCUCAUACCCACCUGUUGCAUUUAUAUAUAUGCGAAAUUUAAAACCAUAGUAUCAAAAUUAAUAUUGCGUAUGAAGGCCAGCUCUCAUGCCACCGAGAACAAUUCUAAUAGGGAUUACUCCCGGGAUCCAGGGCCAGCCCCUCGGGCUCAUUUAAACACCCCCUAACGGUGUUGCAAGGUACCCAGUUUGAUACAUUACUUUACAUGUAAGGGUUUUUUAAAUGUUUUCCCAUAGGUUCUCCUCAACAUAAAUAUGAUAAUCACAAAU